AUGGGUUCUGCUUAUAAGAUUUUGGGUAAAAAUGUUCCAUCGCACUAUUUGGCUAUUGGUACUUUGAGUGCUUUAGCUUUAGUUGCUAUUCCAAACCCAUUCAAGGCUUCUGAGCCUAAAAAGGUUGAGUUUAACAGUAGCUCUAAGGAUGAGGAGAAGUUUAUCCAAGAAUAUUUGGCUAAACAUGCUUCUGAAGAUGCCAAACACUAG